AUGGAGCUCCUGAUAGCACUGCGAGCUGGUGCGCUGUCUGCCGUAGCGCUGCUUCGCGCCCGCGAAUUGGGCGUCUGCAUGCGAUGCUGCUUGCGGUUUGCUGGUAUUGAUGAUCUGGCUGUCUAUGCCUGCUCGAAAGAGAAAAUGGCGGAUGCCGUGCAUAUGUUUGUCAAAGAGAGCGGUGUCGAAGAAUGUAAAAUGCAGGAAGUGUUGGGCUGUACAUGCUGUCUGGGAAUUUUAAAUGAAGCAUUUCAUGAAAAGAUGCUGGCUGACGUGCAACUAUUGGCCGAGAAGGGAGACUACGACAUGAAGGUGUUCUCGCUUAACAUCAAGCUGCCUAGUGUGGUUCUACUGCGCGAGUACUCGCUCCUACAUUUCUUGCGCUCAGAUGUAGACGACUUUCCGCGCAAUAAGUCGUUCGAUGUAAAGGAUGUGCUUAAGUCCUUGCUAGCUCCAAGCAUAUCGCGGAUGUUUAUGAAUGCUGAAUGUGCUAUAAAGAGCGAGUUUGCAGUACUGAUUGAUAUCAGGCACGAUGAAUCUGCCGACGAAGUGCGACAAAUUCCGGCCAUCAAGCAACAGCUGGAGGGGACACGAAAGCGCGGUCGUGGUCCGCCUCCUGUAUUUGAUGGUUUUGGUGCAGUUUCUCGCGCCCUUGCAACGCUUUCAGUUAUGCCCGAGACUAUUAUGAGUCCACCCACUCGACUUGCAACGUUACCGCGCGCUGUGGUCACGUUCGAGCGCGACUCUGUAUACAUGCAGGGGCGAUACCUCAAGUUCCAGCGUGGAAUUAGCCAGACACCGUGGAUUUUGGACGGCGAGCGAAUGGGCAAAUCCUCUGUGGAAGAAUGCAUUGGCGAAAUUGCGCUGCCAUUUUUUCAGGGUUCAGGCUACAAGUUCCACACGGCAGGUCGUGAAGAUAUUGACGUGCGCAUGCUAGGCAAUGGAAGACCAUUUAUCUUGGAAAUCUUAGACGCCAAGAAAGCGUACCUGGAUCAGUCUGAGUAUGACAAGCUCCAAAAGGCAGUGAACGAUGCAAACAGUGGCGCUGUUGAAAUUGUUCGAGUCAAGAGCUCUACUAAGGAUUAUUUUGCGGGACUGCAAGCCGGUGCAGACUCCAAGAAGAAGACUUAUUGCUGCGUCGUGUGGUCAGAAGGAGUUCUAACACCUGAGGCUAUUGCGAGCAUUGAUGCAAUCCACGACCUCACCAUUCAGCAGCAGACUCCGAUCCGCGUGCUGCAUCGCAGAACGCAAAUGACUCGGCCGAAGGUUAUUCAUGCUGCCAAGUGCGAGGUGCUAAACAAGCACUAUAUGUUGUUACGUCUUACAACGUCUGCAGGAACGUACGUAAAGGAGUUUGUACACGGUGAUCGUGGUCGUACGAAUCCUAAUGUUGCAUCGAUUUUGGGCUGCGAUGCUGACAUUAUACAACUUGACGUCGAGAGUCUCAUCGACGCUCAGUAA